AUGGGUCCCAAUGAAACCCUUCAGAUUGUGGGGAUUAUUCAGUUGCUGAAGCAUUUUGGAUGGACGUGGGUUGGCCUUUUCAUUCUGGAUGAUGACAGUGGAGACAAUUUCCUCCAAGCCCUGGAGCCAUUUCUUUCUGAGAACAGGAUCUGCUCUGCCUUUGUUGAGAGGUUUCCCAAACAAGCAUUUUUAUUUAUGUUUCAAGGUGAUAUAGUGUACAGGAUACAAUUUUAUUUGAACCACCCCAAAGUGAAUACAUUCAUCUUCUACGGAGAAAGUAUCACAGCAAUCCUUCUGUUUACCUUCAUGAAAUAUAUAGAUGUAAGCCGUGGGAAGAUGUGGAUUCUGACAGCUCAAAUAGAUCUAGUCUUAACAAGUCUUCAUCAACCCUCAGAUCUGCAAGUGUUUGAUGGAGCAAUUUCCUUUGCUAUUCAUGCCAAUGAACUGCCAGGGUUUGAUGAAUUCCUUGCGGCUAUCAAACCAUUCCAGACCCAAAGAGGUAGUUUGUUGAAAGAAUUCUGGGAACAAGGCUUUGAUUGCUCCUUUUCAGGAAGCAAUAAACCAGUGGAAAAUGAUGGAGCAUGUACUGGAAGGGAAGAAUUGAAAACCCUUCCUCAGCAUUUAUUUGAAAUGACUGGCCACAGCUACAGUAUCUACAAUGCAGUCUAUGCUCUAGCACAUGCUGUUCAUGGCAUGAACUUAUUUAAGUCUAAAUACAAACCACUAGCAGAGAGUACAAGAGAAGAACUUCAAGGUCAAGGCACCUGGAAGCUUCACUGGUUCCUUCAAGGCCUUUCAUUCAAUAAUUCACUUGAAGAAACUGUGUCUAUCAACCAUCAUGGAGAAGUGCUUUCUGGAUUUGAUAUUACAAAUGUGGUCAUGUUUCCAAACAACUCCUACCGUAAAGUGAAAAUUGGAAAGAUGGAUCCCAAAGCACUUCAAGGGAAUGAAUUUGUGAUUCGGGAAAAUUUAAUUGUGUGGCCCAAAUAUUUUCAGAGGGUCUUGCCCCGUUCAGUGUGUAAUAAUCCCUGUCCUGCUGGCUAUCAGAAGAAGAAAAAAGAAGGGCAGAAAUUUUGUUGUUAUGAUUGCGAUCCAUGUUCUGUUGGGAAAAUAUCAAACAUGUCAGACAUAAUUGCUUGUUCUGAAUGUCCAGAAGAUCAAUAUCCAAGUAAGGACAAGGUUCAAUGCAUCCCCAAAAUCAUAACUUUCCUAAGUUUUAAAGAACCUUUAGGGAUCAGUUUAAUUGUGGUUGCUGUUUUAUUUUCAAUUAUUGCUAUAUACAUACUUGGAAUAUUUAUUACGUAUAAAGAUACCCCUAUUGUUAAAGCUAACAACAAGGAUCUCACCUACACUCUUCUCAUCUCCCUUCUGCUUUGCUUCCUCUGCUCUUUUCUUUUCAUUGGAAAACCUCUUAAACUGAUUUGCUUCCUCCGACAAUCCGUGUUUGGCAUUAUCUUCUCUGUGGCCAUUUCUUCUGUGAUGGCUAAAACUAUCAUGGUCAUUGUAGCAUUCAUGGCCACCAAACCAGGGUCUGGCAUGAGAAAAUGGUUGGGGAAAAGAUUGUCCUUCUUAAUUGUUUUUUCUGGCUCCUUCAUUCAAGCAGGCAUUUGUCUGGCAUGGAUGAUCACCUCUCCCUCCUUUCCAGAACAUAACAUGAAAUCAAUGACUAAAGAGAUCCUAGCAGAAUGUAAUGAAGGAUCUGUUAUUAUGUUUUAUCUUGUCUUGGGCUAUAUGGGGUUUCUGUCUCUGAUCAGCUUCAUGGUGGCUUUCCUUGCUAGGAACCUGCCAGACACAUUCAAUGAAGCCAAGUUCAUCACUUUUAGCAUGCUGAUGUUUUGUAGUGUUUGGUUAACUUUUGUUCCCACUUAUUUGGGCACCAAAGGAAAGUAUAUGGUAGCUGUGGAGAUCUUCUCCAUCUUAGCUUCCAGUGCUGGGUUAUUGGGAAGUAUCUUUUUCCCCAAAUGCUACAUUAUUUUGCUGAGGCCUGAGCUGAAUAGCAAAGAGCAACUUGUAAAGAAAAAGCAUUUCUGA